AUGCAUCCCAGUGUACGAAUAUACAGUCACAAGAUCCAGCUAAGCUUGCACAUUUGCUCGCAGAAAGCGUCAACUGCAAAGCUCACCAAGACGCUGCCCUUGGUGUGUGCGUCUGUCAACUUGGGCUCUCUCAAUACCUCGCAGAUCAGUGAGCGCUGCUUAGCUACACACCGUUUGCUGUUCGGUCGUCCGCUGUGGGCCGGCGCAUCGCCCAGACCGAG